AGAAGCGCAAGCGGCGGCGGGAGCUGGCGGUGCCGCCGACUGACCGCGUCACUGCAGCCUUCCUCUGUCUUUGGGAAAAGAACGUGUCGGACGAAUUGUGUCGUCCCAUCAAGACCCGAGAGGAUGAAAGUCAUUACCUGCGAAAUAGCCUGGCACAACAAGGAGCCGGUGUACAGCCUGGACUUCCAGCAUGGCACCGCCGGGAGGAUCCACAGACUGGCGUCCGCCGGUGUAGACACGGCCGUUAGGAUCUGGAAGGUGGAGAAAGGACCCGAUGGAAAGGCCAUUGUUGAAUUUUUGUCCAAUCUUGCUCGCCAUACCAAAGCUGUCAAUGUUGUGCGUUUUUCUCCAAAUGGGGAAAUUUUAGCAUCAGGAGGAGACGAUGCCGUCAUUCUGUUGUGGAAGGUGAAUGAUAAUAAGGAGCCGGAACAGGUUGCUUUUCAGGAUGAGGACGAAGCCCAGCUGAACAAGGAGAACUGGACUGUUGUAAAAACCCUGAGGGGCCACUUGGAAGAUGUAUACGAUAUUUGCUGGGCAACUGACGGGAAUCUAAUGGCUUCUGCCUCCGUGGAUAACACAGCCAUCAUCUGGGAUGUCAGUAAAGGACAGAAGAUCUCCAUCUUUAAUGAACAUAAAAGUUAUGUCCAAGGAGUAACCUGGGACCCCUUGGGUCAGUAUGUUGCCACCCUGAGCUGUGACAGGACCCUCAGGGUAUACAGCACCCAGAAGAAACGCGUGGCUUUUAACGUCUCAAAGAUGCUGUCUGGAAUCGGGGCCGAAGGAGAGGCCAGAAGUUACCGGAUGUUUCACGACGACAGCAUGAAGUCAUUCUUCCGUAGACUUAGUUUUACCCCUGAUGGAUCUUUGCUCCUCACACCAGCUGGAUGUGUGGAGUCUGGCGAAAAUGUAACAAAUACUACUUAUGUUUUCUCCAGGAAGAAUCUUAAAAGGCCUGUUGCUCACCUUCCCUGUCCUGGCAAAGCGACGCUCGCGGUUCGCUGCUGUCCUGUCUACUUUGAGUUGAGGCCGGUGGUGGAAACAGACAGAGCAUCACAGGAGCUGGGCACGGAGCUGGUGCAGCUGCCCUACCGCCUGGUGUUCGCCGUGGCUUCUGAAGACUCGGUGCUUUUGUACGACACUCAGCAGCCAUUCCCUUUCGGUUAUGUAUCUAACAUACACUACCACACCCUGAGUGACGUCUCCUGGUCCAGCGACGGGGCCUUCCUGGCCAUUUCCUCCACGGAUGGCUACUGUUCGUUUGUGACGUUUGAGAAGGAUGAACUUGGAAUACCUUUGAAAGAGAAGCCCGUCUUAAGCAUGAGAACUCCUGAUACAGCAAAGAAGACGAAGAGUCAGUCAUACCAGGGGUCUUCGCCAGGCCCCCGGCUGGUGGAGGGGACCCCCAGCAGCCCCUGCACACCCCCGCCUCAGGCCAGACCGCCUCCAGCCCCGACGGCGCCUGCGGAGGAGAAGGCGGCCCUGCAGCCCAGCAUGCAGAAUCCCAAAGCGCCCCCGUCCCGGAGGGUCACUCUGAACACACUGCAGGCCUGGAGCAAGACGACGCCCCGGAGGAUAAACUUAAUGCCUUUAAAGACAGAGACUCCACCGAAUUCUGUACCAACCAGUAUAAUCUCCACCCCUUCUGCAGAAGAAAUUCAAUCAGGGAUGCCCGGGGACCCUCAGGACAGUCCUCCGGAGCCCAAGCGGCCUCGGCUUGGUGAACACAAAGGAAGUUCCCAAGGUCUGGACCCUUGAGGAGACCGGUCUGCUGCUCGAAGGCUGCCAGGUCCGGGGGUCCCGUGCGCAGAGAGGGCGGCUAGGCCGGGGACGCUGGACACCAAUGGCCUUAGGCGGAGCCUGACGGACACUCGUGAAUUGUUUACUGUAACAGAAGAUACUCACGCACAGUCUUUCUCCAGCACUGUGUUUGCACUUGUAGUCAAGGUCCAUGCUUACCGCAGAGCGGUGAACAUGGUCAUAGACCGGAUCGUCCUUUUGAGGAGUUUCUGAAGCUGGGGCAGUUUGGCAUCGUCUCGUGUGGAGCGGGGGAUUUCCGCCUACGGGGAAAGUGCAGACACUUUGCGAGUAGACCCCUUCCCAGAGCUGCAGUGAGAGAGGAGAAAGUUAUUUGAGAAGGUUUAUUCGUUGAUGUUACCUUCCGAAUAGUUGAUUUUUAGGAGUUAGUUUCCUUUCUGAUUUUAAAGGUAAUAAAAAUGCUCCUGCUGGAAAGUUAGCGAGAAUAAAGUAGGAAAAACGGCCCGAGAUGGGGCUCAGCUACCCUCUUCCUGCUGGAAAGAACCGUGUUACUGUGGGCAUAUUUAUUUCCUUUUUGGGUUUUUUGUUGUUUUUUUAAGGGAGAGAGUGGAGAUUUCACUUUAGAUAGAGUUUGGUCUCCAACAGGUUAACUUCUUAGAUCGAUGUUUGAGAGUAAAAGAGCUUUUCCUGAGCA